GCCCAUCGCCGGGCCGCUCAAGCGCUGCGCUGACGGCAGCUGGGGGCCGCCGCCUCCGAGGGGACCGCCCGCGGCUCAGGUGCUGCCACCCUCCUGGAAAUAUGGGGUCUGAAAACCCAAGUCCGCAGAACCCUGGCUGUAAGAUUAUGACCUUUCGUCCCACUCUCGAGGAGUUUCGGGAGUUCGGGAAAUACGUUGCUUACAUUGAAUCACAAGGAGCUCACCGAGCAGGGCUUGCCAAGGUGAUUCCUCCCAAGGAGUGGAAGCCCCGAAAAACCUAUGAUGACAUAGAUGAUAUGAUUAUCCCAGCUCCCAUUCAGCAGGUGGUUACUGGCCAGUCAGGAUUAUUCACUCAGUACAAUAUACAGAAGAAACCCAUGACUGUGGGAGAGUACCGGCGUCUGGCUAAUAGCGAGAAGUAUGUCAGUGUUAAGUGCGCUUACAUUGUGCAUGGAAGAGUAGUGCAGUAUUGUACGCCACGCCAUCAAGAUUUUGAAGACUUGGAGCGCAAGUACUGGAAGAAUCUCACUUUUGUCUCGCCUAUUUAUGGGGCUGAUAUCAGUGGCUCUCUAUAUGACACAGAUGUGGAAGAAUGGAAUAUUGGUAAUCUGAACACCCUGUUAGACAUGGUGGAACAUGAGUGUGGUAUUAUUAUAGAAGGUGUAAACACUCCCUACCUCUACUUUGGGAUGUGGAAGACAACGUUUGCUUGGCAUACAGAGGACAUGGAUCUCUACAGUAUCAACUACUUGCAUUUUGGGGAGCCCAAAUCCUGGUAUGCCAUACCUCCAGAACAUGGCAAGAGAUUGGAACGCUUGGCGAAAGGAUUUUUUCCUGGAAGCUCUCAGGGAUGUGAUGCUUUCCUCCGUCACAAGAUGACCCUCAUUUCACCCUCAAUCUUGAAGAAGUACGGUAUUCCUUUUGACCGGAUCACCCAGGAAGCUGGAGAGUUUAUGAUUACAUUUCCUUAUGGUUACCAUGCUGGCUUCAAUCAUGGCUUCAACUGUGCUGAGUCAACCAACUUUGCCACGUUGCGUUGGAUUGAUUAUGGAAAAAUGGCAACCCAAUGUACGUGCCGCAAAGACAUGGUGAAGAUUUCCAUGGAUGUCUUUGUGAGGGUUCUGCAGCCAGAACGUUACGAUUUAUGGAAACAAGGAAAAGACAUUGCUGUCCUGGACCAUAUGAAACCCACAGCUCUGACUAGCCCAGAACUAGAUGCCUGGAAUGAGACGAAGGCAGACUUGAAGGCCAAAUUGCUUCGCAGGAUAGGAGAUGAGGAAGAGGACAACAAACACCGGUCUCACAGAAAAAGAAGUCAACCCAGAAGACAUAAAACAGAGGAUCAGAAGUCUCUGGGGGAUGUCAUGGCUAUUGAAACUGCCUUGGAAGAUGUGAAAGUGAAAGAGGAACUGAAAAGAGGGCCAGACCUAGAGGAAGAGGAGAGAAGCAAAGUGAUUGAGGGAGAAGGUGACAGCAAAGUAAAGGCUCGUCCUCCAAAAGUAAAAGGUGAAAGGAAGAAGAAGCAUCUUUUCCAUCAGCACCAGCACCACCUGCAAACAUCUCAGCCUCUGCAGCAGCAGCAGCAACAGCCACCACUGCCACUGGCAGCGCAGCAGCAGCAGGCAGAGGAAGAGGCAGCGGCAGCAGCACGGUCGCCAGUACCCACAGCAGCACCUGCAGCAUCCACAGCAGACAAGAGCUUGCUGACCACUUCCCUCAACGUUGUCCAGCCCUCGGAGGCACCAGUUGAGGAAGAUGACUUUAAGCCUCGGCCUAUCAUUCCCAUGCUUUAUGUGGUUCCACGGACCAAAAAAGUGGUGUUUGACAAAGAGCACAUGUCCUGCCAGCAGGCAUUUGAGCAGUUUGCGACUCAGAAGAGUCCUGGUUGGCGGGAGCAGACAGUCCCUUUGGAAAUCCCUGUGAAAGAAGAGGAGAGUGCAGAAUCAGAAAAUACAGAGAUUGCUACAGAGACUGCUGCUUUUUCAAAAAUGAAGAUGGAGAUAAAGAAAAGUCGUCGUCACCCAUUAGGCAAACCACCAACCCGCUCCCCAUUGUCAGUGGUUAAACAGGAGACCUCGAGUGAUGAGGAAACGUUUCCAUUUUCUGGGGAGGAAGAUAUGAGUGACCCAGAGGCUUUGAAAUCUUUACUUUCCCUCCAGUGGAAGAAUAGAGCACCUAAUUUCCCAGCUGAAAGGAAAUUCAAUGCAGCUGCUGCCCUGAGUGAGCCAUACUGUGCUGUCUGUACCCUCUUUUACCCAUAUACCCAGUCCUUACAGAUGGAUAAAGAAGCUGUCCCAGCCUCUGUAGGGGAGACCACCUCUUUUGUUCACCUUUCUAAGUGCGGACAGAAGACAAAGCCUCUGAUCCCAGAGAUGUGCUUUACCUCAAGUGGAGAAAACACAGAGCCCCUUCCUUCAAAUUCAUAUAUUGGAGAAGAUGGAACCAGUUCCUUGAUAUCCUGUGCCAAAUGCUGCCUGCAGGUUCAUGCUAGCUGUUAUGGAAUACGUCCAGAUUUGGUGAAUGAAAGCUGGUCUUGCUCACGAUGCUCAGCCAAUGCAUGGGCAGCGGAAUGCUGCCUGUGUAAUCUCAGGGGAGGAGCUCUUCAGAUGACCACUGAUGGGCGAAAACAUUUAGUAUCAUUCAGGAUCAGAUGCCUAAGAAGACUGAGCCCAGUUGUUCCAGAGACCUUUACCUUGGCAACAAUGAUUAACAAAUUAGUUGGUAAUGUUGCCAAGUCUGCCAACCACCACCAUAAACAUGCCUUGAUACUGUGGGUCCAUAUAAUUUGUGCUAUCGCUGUCCCUGAGGCCCGUUUUCUCAAUGUAAUAGAGCGUCAUCCUGUGGAUAUCACUGCUAUUCCAGAGCAAAGGUGGAAACUGAAAUGUGUGUACUGUCGAAAGCGGAUGAAGAAAGUGUCUGGUGCCUGCAUCCAGUGCUCCUACGAGCACUGCUCCACUUCCUUCCACGUGACCUGCGCACACGCUGCUGGUGUGCCCAUGGAGCCCGAUGACUGGCCCUACGUUGUGUCCAUUACCUGCUUCAAACACAAAGCAGCCAACCAGAAUAUUCAGUUUCGAAGGGAGGUGACCCUUGGACAGACUGUGAUCACAAAGAACCGGAAUGGACUCUACUACAGAUGUAAAGUCAUUGGCAUGACAACACAGACUUUCUAUGAAGUAAACUUUGAUGAUGGUUCAUACAGUGACAACGUUUACCCAGAAAGCAUUAUUAGCAGAGACUGCAUCCAGCUGGGACCCCCUCCAGAGGGUGAGAUGGUUCAACUGCAGUGGACAGAUGGAAUCAUCUAUAAGGCCAAGUUUAUUGCAGCUCAGAUCAGUCAGAUUUAUCAGGUUGAGUUUGAAGAUGGCUCGCAACUAAUGGUAAAGCGUGGUGAUAUUUAUACCUUGGAGGAGGAGCUUCCGAAGAGAGUGAAGUCUCGCUUGUCCCUCAGCACUGGGGCCCCUCAGGAAGAUGUAUUUUCGGGAGAUGAAAUGAGAGCAGCCAAGCGUCCCCGGCUGGGGAAUGCAAGGAAUCCUGAAGAGUAUGGACAAAACCCAGAUUACUUGGCCUUUAUGGAGAGCCUGUUGCAGACACAGUACCAACCUGGAACUCAGAGCAACAUGUUUUAACCAGGAUUAAUUAAAUAUGAAGUUAACCCUUUUCAAGCCUGUAGAAAAAUAACCAGGAAACUCUGGAAUGUAAGACCAGCAUUGUGCAAUACCCUGCUGUGAACUCCUUUCAUCAUCUUCUGGUUUGGACUGCUAGAAAAUCACGUCUGGCUGCACGCUACCUCUACUUUGCCAGACCAAUAGAACUGGGAGCCUGAGAAACCUGCAGACAGAAAUUCACCUGGAGACUUUCCAGCGUUUGUACUGAUGGAGCUUUGUGAUUAGCUCCUUUUUAUAAGGCCUGGAAAGGGUUAAGAUUUGACUAAGUGACUUUUUAAAAUACGUCAAACUCUUUUGUCUUUAAAGGUGCUAUGACAUUGACUACUGAAGCAGCCUUUGGAAUUGUGUUUUCUGUACAUAGAAGUCACCUUUGUGAAGUUUUCUAUAAAUAAGCACUAUUAAAAAAAAAAAAAAGCAAACGAAAAUUGGAAAACAAAGGUUUCCACAAAGCAUUUUUCUAGAUUAUGGCUUUAAAACAGAAAAUAAAAUCCUCCCCUCUCACCCCUCAAUGAAAUGUGACUAAUAUUACACUGGGGAGAGAGAAAGCAAGAACAGAUGUCCUGGAAAGUUCUGGGUUCCUUUUUGUAAAGAAACACUAUCUCCUUUGUAACCUUGGGAAGAUGGGGAAAGAAAUAUUUCAUAGCUGGGAUGUUUCUUACUGUUAAUUCUCUUAAAGAAGUGAUAGAUGUGUGCAUUUCUGCCAUGUCACCAGGAAGGGAUGUAGUAAAGCAAUGGCCAGGUGUGGUCAUUCUUGUCAUCUUCCUUUCCCACCUUUGCCAUCUAAGUUGCUUUCUAGUUUAAAAACAAAACAAAAACAAACAAACAAAAAAACACACAAAAAUCCCAAAACAAAAAACAAAACAAAACAAAAAAAAAACAAAGAGCAUGGCUUUCAGUUAUAAUAUGCCACUCAGUUUUGGCAAGUGUUCUGUUGCUGCUUCUUGUGUUAGUUCCUUUAAAAGCCAUCCCCUUCCCCACUGCAGACUAGAGCAUAAAGGGAUUGUUCUAGCUCUCUGGUAGGCAUGUCUCCCAUAGGAGCCUUUUUCAUUUCUUUGACUCCAUUUUUAUUUUUCUGAGUUGUUCUUACAGUUGUGAGAAUCAUUCCAUGACAGAAGCCUGGGAGGUGUUUGUAUGUUUUUCUUUUAUCCUAUUAAAGAAGAAAUUCCCCAAACAUCUUUGAUUGUUGUGACAUCCUUUACUUAAGUAAAGACUGAGCCUUUAAGAUACUCCUGGGAAGAGGAAUGCAAGCCCUUCAUUUGAUUGGACUCAGUUCACUGAGAAUUGAAUGAGCAUUAAAAGCAAAAACAAAUCUUCAAGUAUUGAGUAGGCAGCUCCCACUUGGACACUUGGAAAUCACCUCUGGUUGAAGAGCUGUUAUGGAACAGUGUUUUAUAAGAGCCUGAACCAAAACCCUGCUGGAGUCACUGGAAAGUCCUCUGCUUUCUUUGGAGGACCUCUAUCAGAAGGAAGGACGAAUGCAGCCCUAAGUGCAGAGCUGGGAAGGAGAUGUGGCUUCCAGAUGUCUGGGUGGGGGGGGCCGGGGUGCAUGGCUGCUCACCUGGAUGUCCUGGUCUGGCAGAAGCUAUCCUCAAUGCUGCAUGGCAGUCUUUUCCACUUAAUUCCCUGAAGUCACUGGACAGAAAGAGACAAUAUUCCAAUAUUCUUUCUUCUUUUGUUCUUUUAAGCCCCUUUGCAAGGUGGUCGUUGUUCUGUGGAAUGGUUUUUAAGCAGUGCUAUAGUUGGAUCUUUAGUGAGUAAGUGGGAAGGAUUUGUGAGCUAGUAGAUGGUAGCUCAGCAUUGUACAAGACUCGAUGAGUUUUAAACUGCCCUAGUGAAGAGUGGAGACAGUCAUUUUUUUUCUUAAUUUUCUUUUUGGUUUUUGUUCUCCCUUGAGAGAAUUGCAGUUCCCUUUAUUUCUUACUGCCUCUGCUGUGGGUUCCUUUCUUUGUGUGCACAUGUGCAUGUUUGUAAGAAGUUUCAAACAGGGUUUUUUUAUUUCUGAGGUUUUGACGUUUUUCAGUAGAAGUCUCUGAGAAUCAAACAAACUGAGACUAAUAAAAGUUUUAAACAUUG